UAAUGGGUUACACCUCAAGGGAAAGACAUCCCACACAGAAAUUUUAAUGUUAUCAUACGUUUUUCAUUUUUAAAAAGGUUAAAUUAUCAUGAAAAUUAUUACUCGUAAUGUUUUGCAUCAAAUGCGACGGAUGUCAACCCAUGACAAUCCUUUUGGUGUGAAGGAUGGUCUGUCAGAUCACCAGCAGAAGCUGAUGGCCCGUGGUCUGCCACAACGGAGACCUAUAGAUGGAGUCAAGUCAGUGGUGGUGGUUGCAUCUGGGAAAGGAGGAGUAGGCAAGUCAACAACUGCUGUGAAUCUUGCUUUGGCCAUGGCUGCAAAUGAACCAAAGAGGAACAUAGGUUUGCUGGAUGCAGAUGUGUAUGGACCAUCUCUACCCACCAUGAUGAAUCUGCAGGGGGAACCCUUUCUGGAUGACAAAAACCGCAUGAUUCCUCUUACAAACUUUGGAAUAAAGUGCAUGUCAAUGGGUUUCCUUGUGGAUGAGAAAUCUGCCAUAGUGUGGCGAGGACCAAUGGUAAUGUCUGCUGUACAGAGGCUGCUCAGGCAGGUUGCGUGGGCACCCCUUGACUACUUGUUUGUGGAUAUGCCGCCCGGGACUGGAGACAUUCAACUCUCCCUCUCCCAGAACAUACCCAUCAAUGGAGCAGUGAUAGUAUCAACUCCACAGGACAUUGCCCUCUUAGAUGCCAGGAGAGGAGCUGAAAUGUUCAGAAAGGUGGAUGUCCCAGUCCUUGGGCUAGUAGAAAACAUGAGUGUCUACAUCUGUCCCCAGUGUGGCCACCAGGAGCACAUUUUUGGCCAAGACGGGGCCAAGGGGCUGGCUGAGGAUAUGGGCGUGGAUAUAUUAGGCAGUGUACCACUGACUCGCGCUAUACGAGAGACCAGUGACUCAGGGCAGCCUAUAGUAGUGUCCGAUCCAGGCAGCCCACAAGCCACAGUGUACAGAGAUAUUGCUAGAACCAUAGCUGACAAACUGUCUACUUUGGAGAAAACAUAAUCAAGCAGCAUCUCCCUCUAUUUAUCUAUUUGUGUGUUUUUCUUGCAAUUGAUAUUUUAUUAAAACUAGCCAAAG